AUGGAAGCUACUCGCAAUGUUGCCAUGAAUGAGUGCCCAGUUUGUGGUGUAAAUAAGGGUAAAAAACUUCAAAGGCAUCUGUUUGACGUCCAUGAAUAUUCGAAAAAGCAGAUUUCGGAAUUUAAAGCUCAGAAAAGGAAUAGGAGAGUUGCCGCCUCAGGAAAGUCAGUAUAUAACUGCGAGUACUGUGAUGCGACAUUCAACAGUAUGAGUGGGCUGGGACGACACAGAGGAGCAAAACAUGCUGUCGAGUACUCAGCACCAGCUAUCAUUUGUCCGAUCUGCAGGGAGAGCGUCAAAAGUCACCGCGAGCUCGCAGAGCAUGCUCAUCAACAGCAUGCUGAAAACUCAGACGAUUUUGUGGUGGAGACGAUAAGAUUCCAAGAUUUACAGGAUUAUAAGAGCUGGAAGUUAGCGUCGGAGGAGGCGGGUGUAAUAAGUCGUUUCAUAACAAGGACUAAGACUACGGAACACGCUAAGGUCACCUACCUCCGCUGUCAUUGCUCUUUCUAUUGUCCAUCUUCGCCACCCCAAAAAACGAAGAAAUCUGUGCCCUACUGCACAGCGUACAUGAAUGUAACAGAGAGAAUUGAUGGUGUGACAGUCGAGCACUGUCUCACCCAUCUAGGACAUGAAGCUCUUCCAUCUCAGCUGAGACUGGAUGAGAAUGCUGAAAAGUAUAUAGUCUCACUGUUGAAGGAUGGUCUCACCGUCCAACAAGUACAUAAAAAAAUAAGGAUGCAUGUAGGAGGAGGGCCACGCACUCGGUUGUAUUUUACUACAACACGCGAUAUAAGAAAUCUAGCUGCGAAGAGUCGCGUCCAGCGAGGAAAGCUCAACAAUCUCGAUGCGGCGUCAGUUCAGAUGCAGGUUGACGCCAAGUCGGAAUUUGACGGACGCCGGUCACAUGAAGCUGUGACAUUGGGAAGUAGUGCAUUCCACGGGAACAUUGGAGAAGAAGUCCAGAGUAGCGAUAGAGAUGAAGAAAUGAUGACGAAAGUAACGAUAAAAGACUAUAGAAACGACGAGAAGGUUCCAAGAACUUGGCAGAUAUGCAAGACAGCUGCAGUAACAUUUUUCAAGCAAUUGAAAUGGGCUUCGCUUCAAUACGCACCAACGCUUGCAGAGUACUAG